ACGAGGAAACAAAGUCACGCAGUGUGGAUCGACCUGUGGUUUUCAUAUGUUAUAUGGGUUAUAACUUAUAUCUGCGGUAACAGUGACGACAAUCGGGUUAUUCUUCAAAAAUAAUUUUAAAAUACAAGGACACAGAAUACGCAUUUAUAUUGACACUGGAAUAUAAACGUACAGUUACAUCGGUGAAUUAUUUCAGAGUUGCCCCUGGCUGAGUCAGCAGGCACAUCCACAGGAUGCUCUUCUCCCCACUCCCCGGAAACAGCCACCAUGUGUACCAGCUGCAGCCCAGCGCAGGCCCCGCCCCCGACCCCGCCCAGCUGGACCCCCUGGACCUGUCCCUCAGCAAGCGGGGCUCGCCGCCGUGCCCCUCCCGCAGCCCGCGCCCCUGCUCGCCCUACGGCGGCCCCGACCUGCGGGACCCGGUGGCGCAGUGGCCGCACCGGCGCUCCCCUGACAAGCGCGCCUCGCUGGACGUGGCCCUGCACUUCCCCGCCACUGUGCUGGCGCCGCUGCUGCAGGGCCCCGCCCCCGGCGUCAUCCCCCUGCUCCCUGGCGUCAUGGUGCAGCCCCUCCCCUUCCUCUACCCCUCCCCCCUGCACCUGUCCCAGCCCGUCAUGGUGUCGCCCGUGUCCAGGGACGACGUGCAGGGUCUGCCCCCGCACACGCAAGCGUCGGCACUGAAAACCACAGAGCUCUACCACCACGAGUCCCACGAGCAGCUGAAGCCCAUCAAGUCAGAACCGCCCACCGAGCAUGCCCAGUACCCCGGCAGCGAGGAGGUGUCGUCCUCGGGCGUCGGCCCCGUGCCCCAGCCCCUUGUCCGCAGCGAGAGCACAAGCCCCACAGUGAUAAUGUCCCCCCCAAGAAAGAUCUACAGUUGCAGCAUGGAUUUGGACAUGAAGAAGAGACGCAUCCACCGCUGCGACUACGGCAACUGCAACAAGGUGUACACCAAGAGCUCCCACCUCAAGGCCCACCGACGCACACACACAGGUGAGAAGCCCUAUCACUGCUCGUGGGACGGCUGCACGUGGAAGUUCGCCCGCUCUGACGAGCUGACCCGGCACUUCCGCAAGCACACCGGCAUCAAGCCCUUCCAGUGCAGCGACUGCGACCGCAGCUUCUCCCGCUCCGACCACCUGGCCCUGCACAAGAAGCGCCACCUGCUGGUCUGACCUGGCUAUGGCCGGAGACCAUUCAGCCCUGCGCACUGCCACGGAGAAGGAGGGCGUCCAACGUGGGCUGCAAUUCGCUCCGCCAGUAACAGCACUGGCGGCAGUGCCUUUCGGUGAUGGGUUCACUCCGAAUUACACCAAAGACUGUUAAAGGAACGAAAACACCAGCACCAUCCUUCCCUGUCACGUAUGGAGGACACCUCUGUCCUCGUCAACCAACCCUCCUGGCUCCCUCCUGCUUCAUGUACCUCCCCUAACAUACCAGACCAGGCCCCCACAUCCCCUGGUGGAUCAUUUGGAUGCUCAGCUGGUCUGAGACAAGUCACGGUCACCCGCAGGCAGCACACAUAACCCCAUGGUAUUUGGUAUUUAUUUCAAAGAAGAAUCUUGUUGAGACCUUCUAAAUGUGAAUGCCUUAAAAUAAAUGCACACCUAAGUGCAUACUAGAUACAUACAGCAUUUAUAGGGAUUCUCUGAGGGUUGAGUCUGUCAUUUUUGUUUACAGAACACUCCGUGCUCUGGUAGGUAUGUAUGCAUUAUCGUGCCGCAUGUUCUUAGUUUUAAAAGCAGUCUCCUGCAUGCAGGAGCAAUUAGAGAGACGAUAAAUAUAUCUGGGACUUUUUUUUCCCUCCAUGUUAUCACUUUUGGUCAAGUCCUUUGUGAAACUGGGUCACUUCACAGAGCCACACCUCAACAUCACAUUCCUCACAGUGUGAAAAUGUCCCUCCACAUCUCUGUAAAGGCCAAGACGUGAUGGGUUGCACUCCUUACUACAAAUGUAUGUACAUUUUUAUGUGCCUGAAUUCUUCUGUGACAGUGAAAUUCAUUAGUCCAUUUUCCCCUGAAGCAAUAGGACUCAAUACAGAUAGUGAGUUCCUCAGGGUGCAGAUGUUCCUAUAACUGGUGCUGGGGUGGGCUGAACAGAUGAACCACUCACAGUAGCAGGUCCCAUAGCAGGACCAUGGGGGGCAUUUAAUCUAACCUAUCCUUUGUAGCAUCGAUAAAACUGUAAAAGGGAAAAAAUGGCAUCGAUGAGAGGAAUUACCAGGGUAAAGUGUAAAAGGAUCAAGCAGCAAUGUGACGCUAUUUGUUAUUGUGGGCGUGAGUGGGGUUUGGCCCUGCUCACCCAUUAGUGUGUUGCAGUUCUGGAACAUGAUGAAAAAAGCCAAGACAGGGCAUGGGAAAACAGCCUGUGUCUUUUUUUUUU